UCUUCUCGUUCUCUUCCUUUGAUGCAAACAUAAAACAAAAGGAUUUUUGCUGCCUUUGUUGACAGUGUAUGUUGUCGUGUUGCUUGUCUUUGUUGGUAAUAACACUGUGAAAUUGUCUUGAUUAUAAGCAACAGUUAAAAAGCAUUUGAUUAGUAUAGCCAUGAAAUGAUGAUUGGUGAUGGUUGGAGUGGGCAUGGCACUAAGAGGAAAAUGGGUUUUGUUUCCACUCUAUUGCUUUUGCCUCAUUUCGAUAUGUUUCUCGGCGGCCACGGAAGGAAAGCCGCCACAACAGCAGAAGUUGCGGUUCGGGGAAAACGGACAGUUCAAGAUCUUGCAGAUUGCUGACUUGCACUAUGCUAAUGGGAAGACCACCCAUUGCUUGGAUGUGUUGCGUUCUCAGUAUGCUUCUUGCUCUGACCUCAACACCACCGCCUUCAUCCAAAGGAUCAUCCUUGCUGAGAAACCCAACCUAAUUGUCUUCACUGGGGAUAAUAUAUUUGGACAUGAUGCCUCAGAUCCGACCAAAUCAAUGGACGAGGCAUUUGCUCCUGCAAUCGCUUCAAACAUUCCUUGGGUAGCUGUUUUGGGCAACCAUGACCAGGAAGGAUCCCUUUCUAGGAAAGGGGUGAUGAAAUAUAUUGCUGGGAUGAAAAACACUUUAUCUAUUGUCAAUCCUCCGGGUGUACACAUAAUUAAUGGUUAUGGGAACUAUAAUUUAGAGGUUGGAGGAGUUAAGGGUACUGAUUUUGAAAAUAAAUCAGUGCUCAAUCUCUACUUUCUCGACAGUGGAGAUUACUCCAAGGUUCCUUUCAUUCCUGGCUACGGCUGGAUCAAACCCUCUCAGCAACUUUGGUUCCGACGGACAUCCAAAAAACUUAGGAAAGCAUACAUGAAUGGACCAGUGCCUCAGAAAGAACCUGCACCUGGUCUUGCGUACUUUCACAUUCCAUUACCUGAAUAUGCUAACUUUGAUUCAUCAAACUUCACAGGCGUGAAACAAGAAGGCAUAAGUUCUGCGUCUGUGAAUUCUGGUUUCUUCACAACAUUGGUUGAAUCAGGAGAUGUGAAGGCAGUUUUCACUGGCCAUGAUCAUGUCAAUGACUUCUGUGGCAAGUUAACAGGUAUAAAUCUUUGUUAUGCUGGAGGAUUUGGAUAUCAUGCUUAUGGCAAAGCUGGAUGGUCUAGAAGAGCAAGAGUGGUGGUAGUUAGCUUGGAGAAAACAGAGAAUGGCCGAUGGGAAGAUGUCAAAUCAGUUAAAACGUGGAAACGCCUUGAUGAUCAAAAUCUAACUGGUAUUGAUGGUCAGGUCUUAUGGAGCAAGAGUUUUAGAAGCAACCGCAGGAAAAAACAAGAUGGCAACUCUUGAGAAUUUAUGGUGUUGCAGAAAAAUGUUAGUAUCAUGAAGGUGAUUUGGAAUGUCUCAGUCUGUUUUAUACAUCUUAUUGUUUUACACGUCCUAUAAUCAAUAUACAGGAAUACGAGGUAGCUUGGUCAAAAAUAAUAUGUAAAAGGAAUGGAAGUUCACUGAUGCGGUGCAAUGAUUGCAUUCUAUGCGAUUGCAACUGUAUGUUCAAAACCUAGAAUCAUGGUGUCCAUGUCUCUAAUUUUUUCUUACGUAUGGCCUCAACAUGAAAGGCUUCUUUAAGAUGAUGCAGAAUGAAUUGAGAGUAGAUUUCUACUUGUGUUGUGUGGAUAUUUACUCUACCUGAUAAUGAUAAUAAUACGUUUGCUAUUAAUUCACAAAGUUAUGGUACAAUGACAGUUAAUGUAUGCAAUUAUGCGUUUAUUGCUAAGCUUGACACUGGUUGAAUCAGAAGAUGAAUACUUUUGUUGAUAAUAUAGAUUAGGAUAUCAGUCGUCUCUAAUAGAGAUAAGAUUUUCACUAGGCAAUUUUGGCAAGACACAACUUUGACUAUGAGUAUUGUAUUGCAUAACAUCCUCAAACAGAAGAGCAGUCAAAAGCAUUGACUAGAUGCUUGGAAAUGUGCUUGAAAUGCUUCACUUUUGGGCAAAGUUGCUGCUGUAGGCGGCGUGUUGGUGCAGCACCUCGAACCAUGCUGGCAUUGGCAUUACUCCUUCAAGAUAGUCCAUGAUAGAGAACCAUAUGAGAACACAAAAUAUGUUCCAGAUGGCGAGGAUCCUUUUCUGUUCAGGAAUUACAAGUUGAAAGAUACUUUUACAUAGGCUGAAACUUAGCCUUCACAAAGCUCAACAAAAGAUGGAAAAAUAUGCUGACAAUAAGAGAUGUCAUGUGUAAUUUAAAGUAGAGAUCAAGUGCUAGUGAAACUGCAACCAUACAAACAGCACUCAGUUGCUUUAAGAAAGAAUCAAAGACUGACUACGAGUUAUGUUGGACUCGUUCCGGAUACGACAGGUUGCUACUAGUUACUGCUGCCAUCAGUAGCUAGAAUUCAUCCAGUUUUCCACUCCUAUCUUUUGAAACCUUAUAGCGAAGAUCAUCUUUUUCCCUAUAUUCCCUUGCAUAUUGUUCUGACUGACCCUAUGCUACCUGAUAAUGAUAAUACGUUUGCUAAUA